AUCUGAGAGCGGUGGAUCUUAUACGUCCGAGGAUGUAUUCAAAUUCAUACAAGACACUUCCGGGACUAACAGGAAAGAAGUCAGGACUGUCUCCUGGCUUCCAUGGAUUUCAUAUUCACUCUUUUGGUGAUACCACAAAUGGCUGCAACUCUGCUGGUUGGUUUUUGUUCACUCUUUGUCUAUCUUACUGUACACUUGGAGCUCAAGACUAAGUCCUUGAUCAAGAUGAGAGCUAUAUUUUUUUUUUGUUCAUACCAAAAGCCUAUGGCUAAUCAUAUAUAAUAACAAGAGAAACGCUGAAAGCAUGGAGCUUUCUGGUUACUCCAACCUGUUGUAUCAUCAUUGACAAGGUAAGUCCAUUUAGUUCUUCCACUGCGACCAAAGUGCUUGACUUGCAUGACUUUCUCUCUACCAACAGGUUUGAUUCAUCAUUUCCCAUAAACCCCAUUUCAUUUCAAGCACAUGUCUUUUGGUCGGGGCACAUAGAUAGAUCAUCGAUGGAAACUGAAUCUAGCGAUGGUUAAAUUGAAUAAAGUUCGAAUCUCUCUGGUCGGAAAAUUGUGAUGUUUCGAACUUAGAUUCGAGGGUUUGUAGUUAGAUCAUUUGCUUGUUUUGUUUUUGUGGCUGAGGUUCUCUCUCUCUUCUUUGAUGAUUGUGUCAAGCUUGUGGGUAACAUGAGUUGAUUGAUGAAGCUCUGUUUUGUUUCUACUAUGCAGUGUUGGUGCCAAGAGGGUUAAAGGCUUGUGUAUUAUUAACUUCAAGGAACUUUGGUGAGGCUAAGAACUACGAAGGAUGUGUGAGAUGUCUGCAGCAAGUGGAUAUCGAGUACAAGACGUUAAAGGCAAGACUUCUUGAAAAGCAUCUCAGCGAGUGAGUUCUCGUUUAAGAUAGUCUUAAAGUUGCCAUGGGGAAGCUCAUGCUCUCAAAAUACCAAAGCUUCUUCUACUACAUGGAGCAAAACGGAUGGGACCGCGACAAUGGUUUAGGUGAUGACGAGCUUCUCACGUGUUCACGCACAAAGGGUAACAUGUGUUUUAACGUAAGCAUCUACAAAACAAAUUGCGUCGAGAUGCUUAGACCCUGCAACCAUUGCUUCGUCGAAACAAGAGAGAACAAGGGAGAGAGUCGUUGUCUGCGUCAAGCUCAGAAACUGCCAGUAGGAGGAAGACUGAAACAGAAACGUGAGCUUGCUAACUUGGGAAAUAAGCAAGUCAAAGAAGCUGAAAAAUCAAACAAGUGUAAAAAGAGGAAGGUGGAUACUGACUAUGACGACGACUCUGAAGCUUCUGGCACUUCGUCUCUUGUUCCAGAGUUUACACUCAACCAAAAAGAAAUUAUACGUCCUGUUCUUUCUUGGGUGUUCCAAAGAUGUUUGCGGAGAUGCAUAUGCCAAAGGAGGAAACGGUGUUCAAGUUUCAUGAUCCAAAACAGAACAAGUCAUGGUAUGUGGUCUCUAAGAUACAGUCAAGAUUCUCUCGUGGAUGGCCUGGUUUGGUUAAAGAUUUUGGUUUAAAGGUCGGUGAUGUUUGCACCUUUGAGCUCAUCAAACCGACCGAGAUGAUUCUCACUGUCGACUCCAUGUAGUCUUAGUUAAUGUGAGACAAACCGAACCUUUGUGUUGUGUUGUCUGACGGUGGUGAUGUAGUUGAGAUGAUCUUAGUUUCUUCAUGUUUUAUUAUCAACCAAAUCAUUAUGUUGUGUCCAUUUAGUUUCUUCUAUCCGGUUCGGAAUUACAAUUAAUCUUAACCCGAGAAGUUUAAUUUC